AUGCCGUCGGUGGCUCAGGAAGGCCCCGAGGCUGACGGCCGGAACAACAGCGGUACUGCACAUGGCAUCUCCGUCCUCGCUAAGAAACGGCGGUGGGAUGACAGCUGCAGGGCCAGCGGCGGCAGUGUCGGCGGCGGAAACGACGUCGUCACCAUCUUCGUGCACGGUACCGACCACGACCGCGUGGAUCAACGCAACACACCUACCGCAGGAACGACAGCUACCUACACUCGCAACCACUCGUCCCCUUCACAACGAAAGAUUAUCCCUCUCGGAAGCAAAAGGCUUUGCUUGAGCAACAGCAGUGUCGACGACGGCCGGCCAUUGUCAAUAUCAUCACCUGCGAGAGCCGGCCGUGAAUCGCCGUUGUCACACCACCAUACCCUCCCUGCGCAGUCGACAACAGCGCCGUGCCACAUCUGCCACCGUAGGCCGCGGCGGAAGGUCGACUUGGACUCGCUCGCCAACUGCGAGGGCUGUGGCCAGAGAACGUGUUUCGUGUGUCUCCGAGAAUGUCUCAGUUGGACGGAGAACGAAACCCCGACAGAGUCGACGCCUCCAUCCCAAAAACUGCUACAGCCUUGGUCUACAACCAGCCAUGGCCAUCGCCGGAUGGUCUGCAGUCGGUGCUGCGUGGAACGCGGCGAGGAUGGCGACGUGGUUUGCCUCGGCUGCGUGGCUGUGGCCGGAGAAUAA